ACACACAACACAAGGAUAUUUCUUGGGCUUUCAAUUCGGUGUUGGAAUUUGGAAUAUUUGGUGCAAGUGUAAAACCGAAACCCGGUUGAGGACCCAAAAGAGAAAACAGAUUGCGGAUAUGGCCCAGCCCAAAUGGAAACAUAUGCACCGGCAUAUCCGCACGCCGGCAGUGCUUCUCCCUCUUCCCACUUCCUCUGAAUCGAAGGAGAGUACAGUGCGAAGAGGGGCAGCUGCUUUGGCAAUGGCGUUUCUCUUUAACAAAUUUCAGGAGGCUGUAAAAGCUCUUGCAAAGAGUCCCAUGUUUGCUAGGGAUCCAAGGCAUCUACAGUUUGAAGCAGACAUAAAUCGCCUUUUCCUAUAUACCAGCUACAAUCGUUUGGGAAAGGAUGCUGAUGAGGCAGAUGCAGAGGAAAUCAUUAACAUGGCUGGUAAAGCCUCUCUUGCAGAUCAACAAAAGCAAGUCCAAGAAAACAUUCAUGAUCAAAUUAGGGACUUCUGCACUUCUAUGGAUGAAAUUCUUCUUCCUGAGACUAUGAAAAUCGAUGAGUCACCUGAAUCACCAGCACGAUUGAAUGCUGCUCCUCGUAGAAGUGGUCUUAGCUUUGCUGUUGGAAACAGCAGCUCACCUUCUGGCUUUCCUGCUGUUCCACAGACAAGGCCAUUGAAAGGCACUGAAGUCUCACAGAAAUUAAAGGAUCUCAUUGGUUACACACUUGAUCUCAAACCAUCUCAAAUACUCCACAAAGAAGCCGGACAAGGUUUGUUUUUGAAUGGUGAAGCUAAUGUUGGUGCUGUAAUAGCCUUGUACCCAGGUGUGAUAUUUUCCCCUGCUUAUUAUCGUUAUAUUCCUGGAUAUCCAAGAGUUGAUGCUCAAAACCCAUAUCUGAUCACAAGAUAUGAUGGGACUGUCAUCAAUGCCCAACCUUGGGGCUCUGGUGGUGAAACUCGUGAAUUCUGGGAUGGCACAAUAGUUCCAGAGACGAGACCCAGCUCAGAAGUGACAAAGAAAGGUUCAGACCGGUUCUGGAAACUGCUGAGUAAGCCUUUGGCAAGCCCACGAGUGGGGACUGGUGGUGAGAUGUUGGAACGGAGGAACCCUCUAGCUUUGGCUCAUUUUGCUAAUCACCCAGAAAAAGGAAUGGUUCCAAAUGUAAUGGUUUGUCCUUAUGAAUUCCCACUGACUGAAAAGGAUAUGAGAGCCUAUAUUCCAAAUAUAAUAUUCGGAGGUGUAGAAGAAGUAAAGAUGAGGAGGUUUGGAAGCUUCUGGUUUAAAUCUGGGGGAUCAAGAAAUGGAGUGUCGGAUGUUCCAGUUUUGAAGACCCUUGUUCUGGUAUCUACUAGGUCACUUUGUGAUGAAGAAGUGCUUUUAAAUUAUCGACUGAGCAACUCGAAGCGACGACCAUCAUGGUAUACUCCUGUAGAUGAAGAGGAGGAUCGAAGGAGAUGGAGCUAAAUCAAUGAAGGUUUGACAUCAAACUGUGGGCUUCUUCUGACUGAAAGUUUGUUUGUGAGAGUGGGAUGCGUCCAGUUUUUGGCAGAUGUAUGGCGCAUUCCUGAUUUGCUGUGAGUUAUGGUUACUGUUUCUUUUUCCUCAUUGAAGGAUAAUGUGUUUAAUUUUCAACCUCUUUAAAACCGAAUCCUUGACACAGCUAGGGUUGUAGAUUAUAAGAUGGAAGAACCAAAGUGUACCAUACGAUGCUGAAUUUUUUACCAUUUUUGUUCGAGGAAGUUCAGAAUGACAGAAUAAGAAAAGAUAAAAAGCUUAUAUCUAUGGAUGUUGUCAGACCUAGCACUUGAUACUAAUGAUCUUUUGACAUGAGAAUAAAUUAGAUUAUUUAUA